GUGUCAUCCAAGACGGCGCAAAAGCUCGAUGAAAUGAUGCUCAGAACAACAAUGGCUGCUCUGUUUCACCCCACCACCAAGCUGUACUCUUUACCCCUCAAGGCUUUCGUCUCACACUCGCUUCACAAACCCCUGCGGUUAACGCGGUUAACAAUUCGACAAAGCUACCCUCGAGCUGCUAGAACGAUCUUAUCCAUCAACACACCUCGUUCUCUAUCAUCUACAACAGUUCCCCAAAUUUUGAACGACGCGACUUCUGAUUUUGAUUUGGACAACAGUUACUUGUCUUGCUCAAUGCCGAAUAGCAAGCGCCCUCUCAAAAUUGCGGUUCUUCUCAGUGGUGGCGUUGAUAGCAGUGUCGCACUUCGCCUCCUCCACGCAGCCGGACACUCCUGCACCGCUUUCUACCUUAAAAUCUGGUUCCAAGAAGAUUUCGAGAACUUUUGGUCUGAAUGUCCGUGGGAAGAGGAUUUGAAGUACGCAAAAGCUGUUUGCAGUCAGGUUGAUGUAGCACUGGAAGUUGUACAUCUGACAGAUGAAUAUUGGGACAAAGUGGUUUCUUACCUUAUUGAUGAGUAUAAAUGUGGGCGUACACCUAACCCUGAUGUUCUUUGCAAUACAAGAAUCAAAUUUGGUGCGUUCAUGGAUGCCAUCAGUAACAUGGAUUUUGAGUUUGUUGCUUCUGGACAUUAUGCAAAAGUUAUUCACCCCCUUACAGAUGAAUCCAAUGAGCUUUCAUUUCUUCAGCUGUCAAAGGAUAUGGUGAAGGAUCAAACAUACUUUCUUUCAUAUCUCUCACAAGCUCAGCUUAAAAGACUAGUGCUUCCU